UUUCUGGUUUAACCUAUGAUAGAUAGAAUCUGAUUAGGUUAAGAGAGCUUCCUUGAUUGAUAGUGGUGAAUUGGUUGUGCGAGAGUCAAUCAAUUCACUGCUUUGUACUGGAAUUCAUUCCAUUAGUGGAGAUCUGUGUGAAUUGCCUUAGGAGUCUAUCCCGGUGAAGACUAGUCGCCUGCCGGGUAUGCUGUCUAAGAGGGCUUGGUCAGCUUAAGAGAUUCCAAGCUAAUUUAGGAUCUUUCGCAGUUUAAUCAACAGUAGAUCAACCAAAAGUAAUUGCAACUUGGACCUAAUUGAGGAGCUAGGGGGAAUCAUACCUAAGUGAGUUCCCAACUUAUAAUUAGUAGAGUACUUAGUAGAGUAGUUUAGUAAAUUAAUCCUUAAUCUAGUUUGCUAGAUAAUGAACUGAAGCUGAGUAAUAGUAACUCUAGAGACCCAUGGAUUCGACAUUUAUUACUUGUGCCACUAUACUGCAGUCCUUUUCAUUGGUUACACUUGGCCAUUGUUAGGUGUUGUGUCGUAGCGAUUCAAGUUUUUGGCGCCGUUGCCGGGGACUUUCUAGAUUAUUAGGAAAGGCAGAAGUUUGUUACUUUAGCGUUUUUUUUUCCACCCUUGCUUUUCACUUGGGUGUUUUUGUUGGUGCAGAUCUGAAUCAUGGAUCCUAAUGGCUUCUCUAACCAGUGGGGGUAUCCACCACCAUCUGAGUGGUAUUACCCCAAGACUUCCUGGAGCAAUCAAGGAGGAGAGGACUAUGGAUUCGGGUCCCAGUACCAACCCCCUUACUACGGAGAACAAUCAGACCCCUGGGCAUAUCAAGAACAACCUACUUAUCCAGAAAAAUUCCUCCCACAACUAGAAGGGCCAUCAGAUCUUGAUUUAGCCACAACCCUCACGGGCCAUCCGGCAGAGCCAUGCUACACUACACAGCCAGAUCCAAACUAUCACUUGAGGCUUCUCAUGGAGCAGAUUGCUCGAGUACCUGAGAGAUCCUUUCCCGAGAUGGAUCCUCAUAUCCAGGCCAUGGCCCAAACUGACUUCUCCUUUCCCCGUGAAAUAGAGGAUACCCUUCGGAGCAUAAAGAAGCACAUAGAGGUCAUUGAGAAAGCUUGUGCACAGUUUUCUCUAGACAACCUUUAUACUGCCAUACAAGUAGAGAAGGAGGAAGAAGAAGGCAAUCAUGAGGAUGUUGAGGAGCAUCCAGAAGUUGUCACGGAAAGCUCCCAUGAUAAUCAUGAUCAAGUGUAUCCUCUAGUGGUAGAUUACAACUGUCCCCAUUUCCGCUCUAAUAUGUUGGGCCCGAGCGAUGAGAUGCAAGAUGAUCUCAUUGAAGAAAUUACAUGGCGACUUGCUCUCCAAUCUGUGCUAGAAGAAGAAGAGCGAGAAAGGGUGAGGGAAGAAGUUGUGGAGGAUGAGGAGGAAAGUAAAGAAGAGGAAGUUCUUGAUAUUUUCCAAGGGGAGAGGCCACAUUCUGAUGAAGGCAGGGGGGUUGAAGAAGCAAGUGGUGUCCAGGCUGAGGAUGAAGUUGAGGUGGAAGAGGCUUGCACCGACCAUGAUUUACAUGUGAUAUCUCCACCAAAUUUAAAGGAACUGCUUAGCAAGGACCCAUUUGCAAUGUAUCUUUGCCAGACCAAGGCCACAUCGACAUCGGUCCCUCUUGGUGGACGCGAUGGUGGUCAGUCGAUACGGUUAUAUUUGGUUUGGGGCAAUGAGACAAGAGAAGAAACGAGGAAGAGGUCUCGAGGGUGGAGACUUCAGUUGCAUCAAGUGCACGAGCCUUCAUCACCUGCCACACCACCUGCUCGUGACUUGAGACUCCACCUCAUAGAUGAGAACCUCAACUUCAAAGAGGUUCUAGCAUGGACCAAAACUUAGGAGCUACCGUCCGGCUCACGACGUGAAAGAAGCGCUUGUUGGGAGGCAACCCAACUAGUCGGUUCGCAUUUCUUUCCCUAUCUCUCCUCAGUUGAGUCAGUUUUGUUCUUUGAUGUUAGAGUCAAUAACUCAACCUUUGUGAGAUUUUGUGUGUUGUUUGUGUUCCGACUACUCUCUCCUCCUAGAAUGCACCGCCUGCCCCAUCCACCAUCAUUCACCCUUGAUCUGGUAACUUCGUUUUACCCUCCUUGUCUUUCCUCCAUUGAGGACAAUGUCGUGCUUAAGUGUGGGGGAUGUUCGAUUAUGUAUGCGUGUGAAUGUUUGGCUGUAUGUGUGUACUUGGAGCCUAGUCCACUGUCCAAAUCUUGAGAUUUGAGGGCUCCAAGUACUGUUGUUUGCAUGAUCGUAUUGUCAUUGUGAGUUUAAUUGGCGAAUCGAAUGGCUUUCGAAUGAAUGCAUGACAACUGGAUUGUGACUAGGACAACCUAUAAUGAUGACUGAGACGUGCAGUAGAGUUGUGUAGGGGUUCAGUUUUUCAAUUGUUUGCUUACCAACUGUGACUUGGAUUGAUCACUUGUUCUUGACAGUCUUUUAUGCAUCUAGUUAAGGGAAUCAUAAUGAGAGAUAGAGCAUAUAGGUAGCCAUGUGAGAUUUGAGCCUGCUUGUUUCUUUCUUGUGCGAUAGAUCCCUCUUCCAUGAUGUGUAGCAUUCACAUUGUCAUUAGCUAAGAUGAUGGAGGCAUAGGAUUGGCCCAUGACCAAAUUGACUGUCCUGAUGUGUCAUACCCCCUAGUCAGCCCUUUUGAGCCGUGUGUUAUCCUUUCUUUCGGUCUACAAUGGAAAAUCACCCUUUUGCAUCUCUUAGAAGGUUCCACAGAGUGGUUUUUACAUGUUCUCUGUUGUUUCUGCUAAAUAUAAUGUGAGGGUUGGAGGUAGUGCUUAUAAAUUGGGCAUGUGUUUGAAAAAUGUGCAGAGGUGAUGGUUCUCUUAAGAAAUGAAAAAAAUUGAAAGAAAAACAAAGAAAAAAAAUGAAAGCAAAAGAGAGCCACUACCAAAAACCUGAAUAGUGUCCAUUAAGUAGUGUUCCUUAGCAGUCUGGCUUGGAAAUGCUAACAUUUAUAUGACCUCCUCCGCUCUUGUGCUCUAGAGAAUUUGAGUAAUGCAGAAUGGCAGAAAGAAAGUACUGGAUUGAUUGGUUGUGAUUGUGUUGGGUUUGGAACUGUGGAACCUUGUGCUAUGAAUACUUCUACCACCUGACCCUAGCCAGUCAUUUGAACCUGUGUCUAAGACCUCCGGAUUAGUUAGUUAUGACACCCAUUUAUGUGAACUCUAACAUUUAGAGGUUGCCGUCAUGGUGAAGAGACGUUAGGGAUUGAGAGAAUCAGUAUGCGCAUUUUUCGCAUCAAAUUGUCCUGACCCCACUGGUCGAGAGUGAGCGAUUCAUUUCCUUAUUCUUUAAACUCUUUACCCCGGUGAGGACCUAGAUGGCUCGGUCUUGAUUCUGAUGUCUUGAGUUUUAUGCAUGAGCUGACUGUCUUGAAUAAGUGGUUGAGUCAAGU